UCAAACGCCGUUCUCCAAAGAGUAUCGCGUUAUCCCUGCUGAGUGCAACUGAAACUCGCCGCUGCACUACUAUCUCAGUCACAUCAAGGCGUUUUAUUUGUUUUUAAUUUUAAUUUAUUGGGGUUUGGGAAAUGGAGAAUGGCGGUUCGGGUGGAGAAGAGCCCGCUAAUUGGGACGAGCUGUACAACAUCAAUUUGAUGCCCUCAGAAUUCUUUCUCAAGUUCAGGAAAGAACUCGAAGGUUUUCGUGUUGGCGUCAAUCUGGAGUUCUAUAAUUCUCCAACCAAUGAGUACCUGGCAAAACUGGUUUUGAAGCCUUUGUCCCCUGAUCGGAGAUGGAAAUUCAUGUACGAGCCUUUGCAUCAUGAAGUGCGCCUUUUUUCUUCAAAGAUCCCUGUAACGAAGUUUUUGAAUCUUCAGGUAGGAGUAGGCCAUAGCUUUCAGUCGCAUGCAACUGGCUGGAAAUGGAAGCUUACUACGUGCUUGGGUGGAGAUGGUGUAUCUAGGAUACGGAAUAAGACAUCACUUGGCUUGUGCCCUGGUGUAGAUUUCCGUUUUGGGUGGAGAGCGGAUUAUGUUCUUCCAGAAAUUACUGGGGCUUUAGGUACUGAGGAACCGUUGUUCAACAUGAAUUCUGGACGGUUACAAGCCUCACUUGAUAGAGUUGAGGCCAUUUUUACCCAGUAAAUAAUUUAGACUAGCUCUCGAUGCAAUGAGCGGGAUUGUGGAAGAUAUGGUCUGGUGGUGUUUGAAUGGCAUCAAUGACCACCCAUAGCCAGCUGCGUACAUCUUAAGUUCUUAACUAGGAAUCGAUCUCCACGAGUGUUGACCACUGACGAAAUUGGGAGUCUCCCCUUCUGCGUCGGGAAUUUGAUAUAAUGAAAUGGCUUCAUACAUCAAAUAUUGCAGACUUACAUGGCUACAUUGGUAAUUCAGUAUCCAGAUUCAUUGUAUAACUACUGCUGGGUAUCUAUUCCCCCCCCC